CCCAUUCGCGUUGUGACAGUGAAGUAAAAGCAAAACUCAUCAACAAUGUCGCGCAAUCCGGCCGAAAACCAGCUUAAUGCGUUCAAGGAUGCCCAAAAGGAAAAGACGACGGCUACCAUGAGCCAUGGUGCUCCCGUCGGUACGAAGACCGCCUCCCAGACGGCCGGUCCACGUGGCCCGGUUUUGCUUCAGGACGUUCACCUAAUCGACGAGCUGGCCCACUUUGACCGUGAGCGUAUUCCGGAGCGUGUUGUGCACGCUAAGGGUGCCGGUGCUUUCGGCUACUUUGAGGUCACGAACGACAUCACCAAGUACUGUGCCGCGAAGUUGUUCGAGAAGGUUGGCAAGAAAACGCCACUGGCCGUGCGUUUCUCUACCGUGGGUGGUGAGAGCGGAUCUGCUGAUACCGUGCGUGACCCGCGUGGUUUUGCCGUCAAGUUCUACACGGACGAUGGUGUGUGGGAUAUGGUGGGCAACAAUACGCCCAUCUUCUUCAUCCGCGAUCCGGUGCUGUUCCCGAGCUUCAUUCACACCCAGAAACGCAACCCGGCCACCCAUCUGAAGGACCCGGACAUGUUCUGGGAUUUCAUUUCACUUCGACCGGAGACGACGCAUCAAGUCAUGUUCCUGUUCUCCGACCGUGGUACUCCGGACGGCUACCGUUUCAUGAAUGGAUACGGUUCGCAUACCUACAAGCUGGUUAACGCUGACGGCAAGCCAGUGUACUGCAAGUUCCACUUCAAAACGGACCAGGGUAUCAAGAACCUGGACACGUCUCGUGCCGAUGAGCUGUCCGGCAGCGAUCCGGACUACAGUAUUCGUGAUCUUUACAAUGCGAUUGCUAAGAAAGACUUCCCGAGCUGGACACUGAAGAUCCAGGUGAUGACCUUCGAGCAGGCCGAAAAGGUUCCGUACAAUCCGUUCGAUCUGACCAAGGUUUGGCCCCAGAACGAAUUCCCGCUAAUUCCAGUCGGUCGCAUGGUGCUCGAUCGCAACCCGAGCAACUAUUUCGCCGAGGUUGAGCAGGCUGCCUUUGCCCCAUCUCACCUCGUGCCCGGUAUCGAACCAUCCCCAGACAAGAUGCUGCAGGCGCGUCUCUUCGCGUACGCCGACACGCACCGUCAUCGCGUGGGUGCCAAUUACUUGAUGCUGCCGGUCAACUGUCCCUAUCGCGUGCCCGUUCGCAACUACCAACGCGACGGACCGAUGAACUGCACCGACAAUCAGGGUGGUGCCCCGAACUACUUCCCGAACUCCUUCAGCGGCCCGCAGACGUGCCCAGUGGCGCAUAAGCUGCAGAACUCGCCGUUUAAGCUGUCUGGCGAUGUAGAUCGCUAUGAAGUUCCGGAAGAUGACGAUUUCUCGCAGCCGGCUGCAUUCUACCGUCGCGUGCUAGAUGAUGCUGGCCGCAAGCGGUUGGUUAACAACAUUGUGGGACACUUGAAGAACGCUUCGCCGUUCUUGCAAGAGCGUGCGGUAAAGAAUUUCGCCAUGGUCGAUGCCGAUUUUGGCCGUCAGCUGUCGGAGGGACUGAAGCUGCACCGUUCGGCCAGUUUGUAAA